AGAGAGAGAGAGAGAGGGAGAGAGAGAGAGGAAGAAGAGAGUGCGCGGGUGCGUGGGAGAGACUGCGCGCGCGCUAGCGCUAGUUCUGUGAGGGUUGGGACAAGUACAAACUUCAGUUCGUGUUGCUGAUGGAGUUCGAGUGUUGCCAGGGUGACAGUAAAAGAAAAACUGUCAAGAAAUGCAAAGAAGUAGGUUUGGAGCUAAGUGACAGUCGCUAAGCAACUGGCAUGCUACAAGUCACCAGCUUUUAUUGCCAAGUUUGAACUUAGAAGGGAAGAGGAAGAGACAUCAGAGUUCUCUCCACCAUGUGAGGACACAGCGAGAAGAUGACUGUUUAUAAGCCAGGGAAAGAGCUCUUGUCAGGAACUGAAUCAGCUAGCACCUUGAUCUGGGAAUUCCAACCUCCAGAACUGUACUCUGAACAUGUCUUGGGGAUACCCAGAGGGCCAUGGACCACAGUUUGAGAACUGCUAUGAGGAAACCUAUAGAGAUGAUUACAACAUAGCUUUAGAGAUACAAGAAAUGGCAACACUGGGGGAUGACUCAUUAAAGACCAGCAUGGAAGCAGAGACCUCACAGAGUACUUUUGCAAUGGAGACAAGCAAUGAUGAGGCCUGACCUAAGGUCAGUGGAGUGGAGACCUAAGAGGCCUCCGCACCCCGGCCCUAAGCAGGAUCAGGUGCAGCAGACCCGCGAGCCCGGGCGAGGGGCGGUGGCCAGGCCACCCGCCCAGCUGACGUGAUGUAUGCUGAGAUCACCUCACGAGCGCGCGGUGCAAUCAUCGAGAGCGCUGCGGUCUCCGCUGUCUAGUCGCAAACCUCGCUCUGAGAUCCCUCCGCCCGCCCCCUCCCCGCACCGAAUCGUGGCGCCCCGCACCCACGGCACGCAGGCUCAGGUUGUCUGAGGUUCCCAGAGAAAAGUCCACCAUACAUUUUCUCUCCAAUUCCAUUCCUUGGACAUGCCAUAGCAUUUGGGAAAAGUCCAAUUGAAUUCCUAGAAAAUGCAUAUGAGAAGUAUGGACCUGUAUUUAGCUUUACCAUGGUGGGCAAGACAUUUACUUACCUUCUGGGGAGUGAUGCUGCUGCACUGCUUUUUAAUAGUAAAAAUGAAGACCUGAAUGCAGAAGAUGUCUACAGUCGCCUGACAACACCUGUGUUUGGGAAGGGAGUUGCAUAUGAUGUCCCUAAUCCAGUGUUUUUGGAGCAGAAGAAAAUGUUAAAAAGUGGCCUUAACAUAGCCCACUUUAGACAGCACGUUUCUAUAAUUGAAAAAGAAACAAAGGAAUACUUUCAAAGUUGGGGAGAAAGUGGAGAAAAAAAUUUGUUUGAAGCUCUUUCUGAGCUCAUAAUUUUAACAGCUAGCCAUUGUUUGCAUGGAAAGGAAAUCAGAAGUCAACUCAAUGAGAAAGUGGCACAACUGUAUGCAGAUUUGGAUGGAGGUUUCAGCCAUGCAGCCUGGCUGCUACCAGGUUGGCUCCCUUUGCCGAGUUUCAGACGCAGGGACAGAGCUCAUCGAGAGAUCAAGAAUAUUUUCUAUAAAGCAAUCCAGAAACGCAGACAGUCAGAAGAAAAACUUGAUGACAUUCUUCAAACUUUACUAGAUUCUACUUACAAGGAUGGGCGUCCUCUGACAGAUGAUGAAGUGGCAGGCAUGCUUAUUGGACUGCUCUUGGCAGGGCAGCAUACAUCUUCAACUACGAGUGCCUGGAUGGGCUUCUUUUUGGCCAGAGACAAAACACUUCAAGAAAAAUGCUAUUUAGAACAGAAGACAGUCUGCGGAGAAGAUCUGCCUCCUUUAACUUACGAUCAGCUCAAGGAUCUAAAUGUACUUGAUCGCUGUAUAAAAGAAACAUUAAGACUUCGACCUCCUAUAAUGACUAUGAUGAGAAUGGCCAAAACCCCUCAGACUGUGGCAGGUUAUACCAUUCCUCCAGGACAUCAGGUGUGUGUUUCUCCUACUGUCAAUCAAAGACUUAAAGACUCAUGGGUAGAACGCCUGGACUUUAAUCCUGAUCGCUACUUACAGGACAAUCCAGCAUCAGGAGAGAAGUUUGCCUAUGUGCCAUUUGGAGCUGGGCGUCAUCGUUGUAUUGGGGAGAAUUUUGCUUAUGUUCAAAUCAAGACAAUUUGGUCCACUAUGCUUCGUUUAUAUGAAUUUGAUCUCAUUGAUGGAUAUUUUCCCACUGUGAAUUAUACAACCAUGAUUCACACCCCUGAAAACCCAGUUAUCCGAUACAAACGAAGAUCAAAAUGAAAAAGGCUGCAAGGAACUAAUAUGUGGAACAUCACUGUAAACUGCAAAAAGCAUUUGAAGUGAAUGAAGUUUACGAAACAA